ACUGAUAAAUAUCCAAAUGAAGACCGAGUUCAAUGUAUCCCAAAAGUUAUAACUUUCCUGUCUUAUAAAGAACAUCUGGGUAUCAUCCUAGUCUCCUUUGCCCUACUCUUGUUCCUAACAACAGGUUUUAUUUUGGCCAUAUUUCUUAAAUAUCGAGAAACUCCUGUUGUGAAAGCCAACAACCGAGAUCUCUCUUACAUCUUCCUGGUUUCCCUCCUGCUUUGCUUCUUGUCUUCUUUUCUCUUCAUUGGUCAGCCAAGGAAAGCCACCUGUCUUCUCCGACAAACAGUGUUCAGCAUUGUCUUCUCAGUUGCUAUUUCUUCUCUUUUGGCCAAAACAAUCACUGUAGUGCUGGCUUUUCUGGCCACAAAGCCAGGAAACCAAAUGAAGAGAUGGUUGGGUAAGAGCUUGGCCAACUCCAUCAUCCUUUCUUGUUCUGCUGUUGAAAUUAUCAUCUGCUCCAUGUGGCUGGGAAUUUCUCCCCCAUUCCCUGACUCUGACCUUUACUCCCAGCGUGGAGAGAUCAUCCUGCAAUGCAACGAAGGCUAUGUUGUCAUGUUCUACAUCACCCUUAGCUACAUGGCCUUCCUAGCUGCCAUCUGCUUCACAGUGGCUUUCCUGGCCAGGAAUCUGCCUGGGACCUUCAAUGAAGCCAAGCUGAUCACCUUCAGCAUGCUGGUCUUCUGCAGUGUCUGGGUGACUUUUGUGCCCACCUACCUGAGUACCAAAGGGAAAUACAUGGUGGCUGUGCAGGUCUUCUCCAUCUUGGCCUCCAAUGCUGGGCUGCUGGGCUGCAUCUUCUUCCCCAAGUGCUACAUUAUCAUUCUGAGGCCAGACCUGAAUACAAAGGUGCACCUUACAACCAGAAGUAAGGUAGAAAUGUGA